CUCCUCCUGGCAUUUGCAGACACGCGUCAGCUGCAGCUCUUGCACUUCUGCCUCUUCCUGGGCAUCUACCUGGCUGCCCUCCUGGGAAAUGGCCUCAUCAUCACUGCCAUAGCCUGCGACCACCACCUCCACAGCCCCAUGUACUUCUUCCUCCUCAACCUCUCCCUCCUCGACCUGGGCUCCAUCUCCACCACUGUUCCCAAAGCCAUGGCCAAUUCCCUCUGGGACACCAGGGCCAUCUCCUACUCAGGAUGUGCUGCCCAGGUCUUUCUGUUUACCUUCUUGCUUGGAACAGAAUGUGCCAUUCUCACUGUCAUGGCCUAUGACCGCUACAUUGCCAUCUGCAAACCCCUGCACUACGGGUCCAUCCUCAAGUGCUCCUGCUCACAUUCCUACCUCAGGGAACUCGGGCUUCUCAUGGUUAGUGUCAUUUUUGCUUUUGGCUGCUUUGUUUUCAUUGUGCUGUCCUAUGUGCAGAUCUUGAGGGCUGUGCCGCGGAUUCCCUCUGAGCAGGGACCACACAAAGCCUUUUCCACGUGCAUCCCUCACCUGGCUGUGGUCUCCCUGUAUAUCAGCACUGGCAUAUUUGCUUACCUGAAGCCACUCUCCAUCUCCUCCCCAUUCCUAGAUCUGGUGGUGGCAGUGCUCUACUCGGUCGUGCCUCCAGUAGUCAACCCCCUUAUCUAUAGCAUGAGGAACAAGGAAAUCAAGGAGGCCCUGUGGAAAGUAUUUGAAUAUGAUCUACUUCAGAUUAAUAAGGUGCCCAUAUUCCCACUUGAGCUCCCACUGUACCUCAGGGAAAACCAGGACUAA